AUGGCCGAUGCUGGAUUCUUCAAGGGGACGUCUGCCGAGCAGGAUCGGCGCUUCGCCGAUAAAGAACACCGUCUACUCAAGUCGAUCAAGUUUCCCCCAGAGUUUGACCGUAAAGUUGACAUGCGCAAGGUCGAACUCUCGGUCAUGCGCCCGUGGAUAACGAAAAAAGUGGUCGAACUCGUUGGAUUUGAGGACGAGGUCGUGGUCGAGUAUGUCAUGGGGCUUUUGGAGGACCGGUCGAAGCCUCCCGACCCAAAAGUCAUGCAAAUUAACCUUACUGGGUUCUUGGAAUCCAAGACUCCGGCCUUCAUGUCGUCGCUCUGGGCCCUCUUGCUUGAAGCACAAGAUUCCCCCGCAGGAGUCCCCGCAUCGUUCGUGCAAGAAAAGAAAGAAGAGCUCAGACAAAAGCACGAGGCCGACGAACGGGCUCUUGCAGAAGCCAGGCGUAGGGGCGAGCAUGAUUUGCGUCUGGACGAGAUUCGUCAACGCGAAAGAGGUGAGAGGCGCGGCCGAGGCGGUGGGCGCGGUGGAGGAGACUCGUUCCGUGGUAGAGGUCGCGACUCGGGAUGGGGUAAUCGUGGUGGCGGUGGUGGAGGUGGUGGACGCGGAGACGUCCGCCACGUCGCCGCUCCAUAUCUGGAAGUCGAAGCAGGUCCCCGUCUCCACGGAGGCGGUACAGGCGCUCUCCUUCCCCCAGAUCUCCAUCCCCAGACGCUCUCCCUCACCCCGUGGUGCCAGGCGUUCACCUUCCCCGAGAGGAAACAGGCGCUCCAUAACCCCUCCUCCUCGUGGAGGCGGAAGGAGACGUUCUCCCUAUCGUCGCCGCUCGCCAUCAAGGACUCCAUCCGCGAGAUCGAGGAGCGGAUCUCCACCCCCAAAGCGAAGGGAUUCGCCCGUUCAGACGACACACCACCUCGUAGAAGAGACGGUUCUUCACGCAGGAGAGAUAGUUCUCCGCGCAGAAGAGACGAUUCUAGAAAAAGGGGCGAUUCGCCACCGCCGCCACCGUCACGCAGACGGGACUCGCCCCGUCGAACGACUUCACGUUCACCUUCUCCCAACGCACGCAAACGCCAAAGAAGCGAACCUGGAGUCGAUGUCGAACCGCUGAGCAUCAAGGGAGCUGCAUCUGGGAAGAAGAGUCGAUGGGGCGAGGGGCAGGAUGAGAAAGACGACUAA